AUGGCCACAGGGCCUGAGAAAGCUGGUGUCACCCUGCAGCAGGAGGAGUGGAGGGAUGCCACCUCUCCACUGCUCUUCAUUCAGCUCAACCAGCUCCUCAGCACCCCGGCGGGACCGGAGUGGAGAGAGACAGCCAGAUGGAUCAAGUUCGAGGAGAAGAUGGAGGAUGGUGGGGAGCGCUGGAGUGCACCCCAUGUCCCAGCUCUCCCCCUGAACAGCCUCUUCCAGCUGAGGAUGUGCCUGCAGAAGGGAACAACACUCUUGGAUCUGGAUGCCUCCAGCUUCAAGGAAAUAAUCGACAAGGUGCUUUCUGUGCAGUCUGAGGAAGCAGAGCUGCAGCCCGAGACGCGGGAGCGCCUGGCAGCCCUCUUGCUCUCCCAGCCACGGCACCAUCCCACCAAAUCCCUGCUGCAGCUCCUCGCCGAGCUCAGCCUCUCACCCUGCCGAGGGAAGGACAAAAGCUGCUCUGAGCCCAGAGCUCAAGUCUCCAAGACACCUCUUAAGGAGCAGCUGAGAAACCGAUUUCAGAAGAAGGUCCCACCUGGGGCCGAAGCAGCCCACAUUGCCACUGGUGAAGUUGAAUUCCUGGAGAAGCCCUUUGUCGCCUUCAUCCGCCUCAAGCAAGGAGUGGUCCUCGGCUCGCUGGCCGAAGUCGCUCUCCCCAGCAGGUUCCUCUUCAUUCUGCUGGGCCCCCGAGCCAAAGAGAAAGCCUACCACGAGGUUGGCAGCGCCAUGGCCACGCUGCUGACAGAUGAGCUCUUCCAAAGGGUUGCCCGCCAGGCUGAACACCAAGAGGACCUCAUUGGAGGGAGUCAGCAGUCCCAUGGCAAUGGGGAUAUGGCAGCAGCUGCGGACAAAGCCGGGCUGGGGCACCCGCGCUCUGGCGAGGAGCUGGAGAGAACGGGCAGGCUUUUCGGUGGGCUGCUGCGAGACAUCCAAAGGAAGGCACGGUGGUACGGCAGCGACUUCUCCGAUGCCUUGCACCCCCAGUGUCUCUCGGCAGUGCUCUACAUCUACCUGGCGACGGUCACCAAUGCCAUCACCUUCGGGGGCAUGCUGGGGGAUGCAACGGCCAACAUGCAGGGCGUACUGGAGAGCUUCCUGGGUACAGCCUUUGCUGGUUCCAUCUUCUGCCUCUUUUCCGGCCAGCCCUUGACCAUCCUGAGCAGCACUGGCCCCAUGCUGGUCUUCGAGCGCCUCCUCUUCUCCUUCAGCCAGGACCACAACCUGGACUACCUGGAGUUUCGCCUCUGGAUUGGGCUCUGGGUGGCCUUUUUUGGCGUGGUCUUGGUGGCCACAGAGGCCAGCCACCUGGUGCGGUACUUCACCCGCUUCACCGAGGAAGGCUUCUGUGCCCUCAUCAGCUUGAUAUUCAUCUACGACUCCCUGAAGAAGAUGUUGAACCUGGCGGACACCUUCCCCAUCAACUGGCAGUACCGGCUGGACAAUGUUCCCUCCUACAGCUGCAUCUGCAACUUGUCCAGCCCUGGUCACAGCUCUGCAGGGAACGACACACUGCUCCUCUCACCCCAGGCCCCCUGGCAGGCACAGCCCCACCUCCUGGGGCAGGCGAGGGGCUGUG